GCUACUGUUUGUCCUUGUCUGGACACAGAUGUGAUCCUCUGUUGCCGCUGGCCAAAACUCACCACAAAACAGUGUGGUUUCCAUGGAAAAGACCAGAGAAGUAUGGUGUUGACGGGCUGUGUGAGGGCUCUACUCCUAUGUCUCUGGUCCAAGUGAAACCAAAGCCGGCUAGCGUAGCACUGCAAGCUCCGCCCUGGAAUUCCUUGUUCCGACUCUUCUCGUGUGUAGCCACAAGGAGCAUGCACAGGACCAAAGAGGUCCCAACAUUUCAAGAGAAGACGAAAGCCUUAUUUGGAAAUCUUAUGGACGAAGAAAUGAGUCGUCAGACUGCCACCGCGCUGCCCACAGGAACCUCCAAGUGCCCCCCCUCCCAGCGAGUGCCCACCCUGUCAGGCACCACUGCCUCCAACAGCGACCUGGCCAGCCUGUUUGAGUGCCCUGUCUGUUUCGACUAUGUCCUACCCCCCAUCCUGCAGUGCCAGUCUGGACACCUGGUAUGCUCCAACUGCCGGCCCAAGCUCACCUGCUGCCCCACCUGCCGAGGGCCCCUGGGCUCCAUCAGGAACCUGGCCAUGGAGAAGGUGGCCAACUCGGUCCUCUUCCCCUGCAAGUACGCGUCAUCGGGCUGCGAAGUCACGCUGCCUCACACCGACAAGACGGAGCACGAAGAGCUGUGCGAGUUCCGGCCGUACUCCUGCCCCUGCCCCGGCGCCUCCUGCAAGUGGCAGGGCUCCCUGGACGCUGUCAUGCCUCAUCUGAUGCACCAGCACAAGUCCAUCACCACACUGCAGGGGGAGGACAUUGUGUUCCUAGCCACGGACAUCAACCUGCCGGGCGCCGUGGACUGGGUGAUGAUGCAGUCGUGUUUCGGCUUCCACUUCAUGCUGGUGCUGGAGAAGCAGGAGAAGUACGACGGCCACCAGCAGUUCUUCGCCAUCGUGCAGCUUAUCGGCACCCGCAAGCAGGCGGAGAACUUCGCCUACCGGCUGGAGCUCAAUGGGCACCGGCGCCGCCUGACCUGGGAGGCCACGCCGCGCUCCAUCCACGAGGGCAUCGCCACGGCCAUCAUGAACAGCGACUGCCUGGUGUUCGACACGUCCAUCGCACAGCUGUUCGCUGAGAACGGCAACCUGGGCAUCAACGUCACCAUCUCCAUGUGCUAGGAACUUUGAAGGAAAGAGGGU